AUGGUCAUGGAGGAUUCGAAUUUCCGGGUCAUAAUUGUCGGGGGCUCAGUGGCAGGCCUAGUGUUUGCCCACUGUCUCAACCGAGCGGGUAUAGAACACCUCAUCCUCGAGAAAGGAAACGAGGUAGCGCCAGAUCUGGGUGCAUCAAUCGGUAUCAUGCCUAAUGGAGCUCGAAUCCUGGAGCAGCUCGGGCUCCAUGAGAAAAUCGAGCAAUGCAUUGAGCCAAUGAGUAUAUCCCAUAUUAUUUUUCCAGACGGCCUCGCUCUCGAAAGCCGUUAUCUGCAAAACAUUUAUGAGAGGUUUGGGUAUUCAGUUGCGUUUUUAGCGAGAGCAGAGUUCCUCAGAAUCGCGUACGAAUUAUAUCCGGAGAAGGCGAAAAUUAUUACUGGAAAAAAAGUGACCGAAGUAAAUCGUUGCCAGGGAGGAAUCUGCGCGGUUACAGAUGAUGGCAGUGUGUACCAGGGAAGCAUCAUUGUAGGCGCUGACGGCGUACACAGUCGGAUCAGAUCCGAGAUGUGGCGGAUAGCUAAUAAAGACUCGCUUGGGUCUAUACUAGAUGAAGAAAAGAAGAGUAUGACGGUGGAGUAUGCGUGUGUCUUCGGGAUCUCAUCUGGGAUAAAGGGCCUUGGGGAUGGAGAACAGAUCAACGCAUUCCUUGAUGGAGCCGCAGUUAUGAUGAUGCAAGGUAAGGGUGACCGUGUCUUCUGGUUUAUUUUCAAAAAGCUCGACCAGAAGUACGUCUAUCCAGAUACCCCUCGGUUUUCGAUGGAUGAUGCGGAAAAGCUCUGCAGGGAAAUGAAAGACGUUCGGCUAUACCGAGAACUCUGUGUUGACGAUCUCUGGAGAACUAAGCAAACUGCUUCAAUGACUGCACUAGAAGAGGGGCUGUUCAAGACUUGGUUCUAUGACCGGAUGGUGUUGCUUGGGGAUAGCGUCCACAAAGUGAGUCAAUCCUCCUUACCAGGUCACCGGUCCUGCUUGCCAAAGCCAACAACAACUGCCACAAGAUGA